CUCAUACUACUUCUUACAACAGGCACUGCUGUCGUGGUGAUGGCCCUAAUUCGUACUCCGAAGCACGGCUUACCGAUGGACAUACCUCGGCGGAACACCUUGGCAUUAGCAGUCCGGCGGCGGCCUACCAAGCUUUUAAUCAGCAUUCCUUUGACUCUCCGGUGACUCCGCAAAUUGAUGGCCCGCCUAUCCCUAAAAUGCCUCGCCAUCGCGAAGGCGUGUGCGUCGCAGUAGGCCGUGUCGCGUUAUAACGUCACCAGCAGCCGCAUCGCAAAGUAUCAUCGCUGUAACUGCCCGACGAGCACACACACACCAAUCUAACGGCCGCUAGACCGAAUACAUCCAUUGAAAUAAGAGCGCGGACAGACGGAGUAGAACGUACAUAAGCGAUGAAGUUUCUCGCAGCGGCAUUGCUUCUACUCGGCCUGCUGGCGGCGUCGGCGUCGGCGGUUGCGGAUAGCGUCGACCUAACGUUUGCCUUCCUCGCGCAGACGAACGCGACAACGUGCGUGCGCGGCACGGGCACGGUGCUGCCCGUGCACCUCGACAACGACCGCUGGAAGCUCGAAGCCAACAUCGCCGUGCAGGCGGCCACUCUCGUCGGUCAGUUGUGGGACCCCGACCUGCAGACGAACGAUGACUUUGACGACCUGCUCUAUGCUAUCGUGACAAGCAACGUGCGAUCGCGCCAGAUGAUCUACGGCUCGGCGAUUGCUUUCGUCAAGGAUGGAUAUCGAGAUGGUGUGCGACUUUUCGCACCGUACGCCUUCCGCAGGAACGCCGGAGUCUCGUCAAUUGACCUGUCUCGCAGAUACGAUUACACGACGUCAGACUCUGAGUGGUUCUACAAAGUCCUCGAAGAUUCAAAGAACAAGCAGCUGAACACGGCGUAUACGAGAAGGCGAGGGCGGGAGAGACGUGGACAGCGUGUGCACCCUAUCGUACGAGGAUGGGAGCCUGGUCAGACCCUACUUCGACUGCGGACUGGCAACAUUGGAUGA